GGGGUCUCCUGGGCAGGGUGGGCAUGAACAGCGGACCCUGGGAGGGGCACAGCUCCAGUGGGGGUCCCGGGGUAGGCGGUGCAGUCCCCAGCGUGGGACACAGGAGCAGGGCUUCCUCUGCAGGCCACCCUCCAGGCCGUCUGGGACAAACGCAGCCGGGCUGGUCAUAAAGUGAGGGUGCAGGGAUGUCGGAGUUCCCCCCGGCCCCUCAGUCCCCCUGCUGCCACCAUGCAGGUGAGGAGGGCCAUCCCAGGGGCUCUGGAGCAGCUCAGGUCACAAAUGUGACCCAGCAAGGAACUGCCUCAGGGCCCUGUGUAUGCGCGGAGGGGUGGGCUCCCAGACUCAAGGCUCCCCAGGGUAAGCCUCCAGGCCUGCAUGGUGCCCCCUGCCUGGGCUCUGGCUGAGAAGGGGCAGGGAGGAAGGGGUCGCUGACGGGCAGGACCCGACAACCAGAGCCUCCUUACCCCCCCGCCCCCCCCACCCCCGCACCAUGCCAGAGCACGUGGGGGGCAGCCUAACCCAGCCAGGACACGGCCUGGACACAGAUCUGCCGGGGGCGGGCGGGGCAAGAGGACACACGGGUGUCUCCGGAUGUCCCUUCCGCUGCGUCCCCAAAGCCCCCAUCACUCCUCAUGCCACGGCCUUGGCCCUUGGCUCCAGGGCAGCACCACUAUCCGUGUUCCCACCUUGGGGUCAAGGACAGGUGCUAAGUCACACAGCCCUGUGGUUAUACCGCUGUGCAUACUGCGCUGGCCGCAGGUCCCAGUAUUACGAUCACAGCAGUUCGGAGGUGGGUGCCGUGACCCCACCUUACAGACCAGAGACACCGAGCUCAAAGAGACUAGUUUCCCGUCCAGUCCAUGCUGCACAGUGAGAAGCCAAGGCUACCCACUUUCAGGCCUCCACACCCACCGGGCCACCUCCCCGCCCUCCCCACCCAUCCCUACCCCACCCUGCAGGCCAUACCUCGUGCCUCUAAGCUGUGGGAGCGGUCCCUCCUGGGGCCCCCUGGGCAGCAAGGGUCUGACAGGGGAGGGGGGCAGGGGCUGUGUGGGGCUGUGUGGGGGCGGGGUCAUCCUGUGCACAGUUGUGGGGUGGGGGUGUGGCGGCCUGGGCAGAGUUCUCUGGGUCCCGAGGGCUGGGGGGUGGCUCCAAGGUGACCCGCGGGGGAGAAUCAGCAGCCCUGGGUGCAGGCAGCCUCUAGUAGAGGCCUCGGGUGGAGGGGAGAGAGAAGUUAUUAUCCUGAGGCUGAAUUGCCCCGAAUUGCCUCUGGGGACCACCGGGUCACACCAUGUUGGACUGUGUUUAUCUGCUGCCGUGUCUGGCCUCCGUGCCCAUUGGCAGGACAGGCGCCGCCGAGGCCUGCAGGUGCGGUGGGAGGGGCCGCAGGUGCCUGGGGGGGGGGGGGCACUCAGACACAGUGUCUGGUCUCAGACACCUGCUCCCCCCAGGGGCUGCAUGCCUGGAGGACCGCCGCCCCUUCUCCCAGGGCCUGGAGGUGAUGCUAGCAUGUCCGUCUGAGGGGGGCUGGGGCCCCCAUCUUGGGGCAGGGCUGACCUCGGGGUAACAGACUGGAUCUGGGGACCACUUGUGACCACCCCCAGGCGAGCCCCAGGUCUGCGGGGGUGUGUGGCCGUUGGGGACCUGAGGCCUGACCCUCUGGGUGAGCCAGACCUUUCCGGGCCUUGUGGGGACCAGCUGGGGCUGAGUGUCGGAGCCCGGGCCUGGGGGGGGGGAGGGGCACCCGCCAACAUCCCUGUGCCCCUUCUCCUGAGGGGUGGCAUGCCCAGGUGCCUCCAGGCAGGGAGGGCUGGGCCAGACAACAGCUACCAUGCUUCCCUCUCGGGUGCCUUUGCCAGCAGGAGGCAGGACGCUGAGCAACAUGAGGGUCCUCUCCAUGGGGUCCCCGGGCCCCAACCAGGAGAAACCUGAGUUCCCCUCCUCAGUGGGGGCCCGGAAAGCGCCCUCUGCACACCGGGGUCCCAGUGGUGCUGGGGGGUGGGGGUGGGGAGGGCGAACCGGGGGUGUGGCCUGGGGCAGGGGGCAGGUGCCAGCCGGGCUUCAGGUGGGCCUGGGGCCUCCCAAUCCUGAGUAUCUGCAGGCUGCGGGGGUGGACGGCAUCCCUGGCCGGCUGCCCUCCCUCCUGAACCCUCCCGGUCUCCCGGUGGCCCAGACCCCCUCCCCGAGCCUGCCAUUCACGCAGACAGCAGAGAGGCUGGGCAGAGGAGGGGGACGCCGAGAGAUGCAGGGAGCUCCGCGGUGGGCAGCUGCUGUGUGGGCUCCCUGGCACUGUCCCCACAGCCUCCCCAGCCCUGCCCGGCCACCUCGUCCAGCCGCCCGGUGGCCUGCGCUGUUCCGGCUGCCCCGGCACAGCCCCCGGCCCUCCCUCCCUCCGCGGACACACGGGAGUGAAGACACGGAGCCAGAGCCCGGGCGCCGGCCUGAGGCCCCGGGCAGGCUGGGCCGAGGCAGCCGCGAGCCGGCCGCGGGGCAGACGCAGGGGCUGCAGCGCCUGGCGCUCGCCCUCCGCCCACCCUGGCCCGGCCCGGCCCGGUCCGCACAUCGUCCGACGGCCCUGGACGCCGGCCGGCCGGAGGCGGGCUCAGCAGCGCACCCCCGCGCCUCCGGGAGAGCGGGCCUGCCCCUCCCGGUCGGAGCCAAAGCGCCGGGCGGGGGUCUGCGGGAGAGAAGGGGACCCCCCACCCCGGGCAGUGUGCACGUCAGACUGAUGGAAUCGCACCCUGUCGCUUCGAACCUCUCCGGCCCUGAACCCCCCCCACCCCUCAACACCUGCCGAGAAACGAAGACUCGCCCGCGCCGGCAGGCGCCGGCCCCUCUUCCCAAGGACGCUUCCACCGGCCGGCUGGUGACCGUCCCUCCUUCCUCCCUCGGUCCCUUUGCGGUUUUUGCAACAGCGGGCCGGCCACAUCCAGGACUUCCCUUGGCCUGUGGGACACUUCCUCCCUGUGGCGAUCCCCGGGGGUUCUGGGGAAACGGGAGGGAGGUCCGGUUCACCGAUUCACGGUGGGAUGUACGCCCAUCCUGCAUCCCUGCGGCUCCUUCCCUUAGGCCCCGCCCCCGAAUUCCCAGAUUCCCUCCCUUCCUGCUCCUCAGGUUAAAGUACUGCACCCACUCCCCUCACCCCAUCAGCAGCUGCUUCUCUUUCUGGGUGGCAGACCAGAGGUCCACCUUUUCCCUCCAGAUUCAGAUCUCUCGGGGUCACCCCAGACCCCCGGUUUCUCUUCACUGAGCCCGUACCAGUCUACGACUUCAACAUCUUUAAGGCUCACACCCUUUUGCCACCUGCUGAGCGCUGGUCCCAGCUAUCCCGUCUUAGCAGCCUCCGGAUGGUGUUCCCCACCCAGCAGCCACCCCCACCAGCACUAUCACCCAGAUGCUUUAGCCCAAGACCCCCUUCCCAACAGUGGUCACCGGCUCCAAUGCCGGACACGGACCUCAUGUGUCCAGGCCCAGCCCAGCAGCCACCUGUGUCUGGUGGCGCUAGAGCCCUCCCAAGGAGACUGCAGAGGGAAGAUGGCGCCAUGCCAAGCCCACGUCUCCAGAAGCUUCUAGUGCUCACACGGGAGUAUGCAGACUAUCUGCCUGACCUGUCUUUAAAGCAACAGCCCCGAUGCUCUGCACCACCUGGCCCAGCGACCCCUAGAUCACUCUAAGUCACUGUCGACAAUCAGCCUGCGCUAGCCUCCCUGGAUGGGCUGAAGUGGGGCCGUGUGCCCAGCUCCAGGCACCAAAACCCAGCAAGGGAGAGGCCCGGGUCUGGAAGGGCAGGAAGGGGGCGGCUUCCCCACCCCUCUCCUUUACUCAAUUCUGGACCCCACCCGGGGCUUUGCCGGCAGACUGGGGGUGAGCGGCUGUCCAAGGCCUUCCCCUGGACAAGUGCCCCCACCCACUCCUGCUCCUGGACCCUCUGUAGCUCCAGUCUACCAGCCGACUGGGGGUGGGAGACACAGAGCCAACAGAGGGAGCUUCCCUGGCCACUGGCCACAGCGGAGCUCCAGACCUUCCUUUCUCAACAGCCCCCCAUCCCCCAGAAGCAUCUGCCCCUGACUAGCCCCUGUUGGAGGGUCACACUUGAUCACCUAGAGUCCGUCCGGAAGGGUGGCCUCGGAUGCACCUUGCAAAGGACAUUUCAACCACGACCUCCUACUCCCCCGUACACACCAACACCACCCAUAACCCCUCCUGCCUCCGACCCAACCUGCUUCCCUACCCCUCACCGACCACCCAAAGCCCCCUCCCACCCCACCCCCACCGUUUCAGGCAAAUGACAGCGUCACCAAGCGGCCCUCUGCCAGUGCUGCCGCAGAGCCUCCGCCGGGCACUGGGACCCGAAACCGAGGGGCAUCGGACACCAGGACAGCCCUCACCAAUACCUUGUACUCCCUGGAGCCCUGGCCCUGGCCUCACCUGGCUGCCACCCCACAGGAGAAAACCACCCACUCAGGCCACCCUCCUCGCGGCCAGCCUGCACUUGGAGAGACCUACCUGGCAGGCAGCGCUUGAUCAAAGACCCCUCACCAAGGCCACAACACCUAAGACUCCUGAAGAAGGGGGUUUCACCAGCACCCAAGCCGGACCCGGGUCAGUAAACAAAUAUGCCUGAAGACACCGCACAGAGAGACUCUUUGUCUGGUGUCGGCAUUCAAGGAAACGCAGCUUCGUGCCAUCACGGCCCCAGAGUGGCGGCCUCAGACCUUCCUGACCCGACCCCUCCCACAGGCAGCAGGACAGCGGGCAGCGUCCACGAGGGGGUUUUCGGGGCGAGUCUGCUCCCCACAAGGGCGCCCUUGUUCUCACAGAGGCCCGGCGGCCUCCGCGGGAGAUGGGAGUACUCGCUGCUCGCUGUGCAAGGUGUUAGACGCGACCUGCACAGCAGCCCCUCUUUCCCUCACCGCGGCGGGCGGUGUAGGCGCUGACAUGAACGCCCGCGGUCACUCGGCGGGAAGUGGCUGAGCAGUGCUGGCCUCCCGCUCCCCCCGCCUCUCCCACUGCGAGACCUCCCCCCACGGCAGCCCCGGGGUGGGGGUGGGGGCGUCCUGAGCAGGACGGGGACGCGGAAGCAAGGGCAGGGGCAGGCACGCCCAGCCGCCCAGCAAGCUGCAGACGGCCGGCCCGCUGCCUGGGGAGGACGGUCCCCCCCCCCCCGCCCCCCGCCCCCCACCGGCUGACUCAGGGGCCGCCUACCGCCCAGGCACCUCCACCCGGCUCGCCAGCCCAGCUGGCAGGCACAGCUGGGGAGGGGGCUGCAGAUCUGGACGGGACACAGCUCACCGUGAGUGACCGCAAAACGGCAUUAUUUCUUAGCGUAAGAGUAUCCGGCCCAAAGGAACUGAAAUGAAAGCAAGGACUGGAACAGAAUCUCGCACGCCCCUGUGCACAGCGGCUGCCUCACAACAGCCGAAGGUGAAAACCACCCGUGUCCGUCCACCGAGAAGUGGGUCACAAAACGUGGCAGAGCCACACGACGGAAUAUUAUGCAGCCUCAACCAGUAACGAAGUGCGACACCUGCUACGACGCGGAGGCACCCGACCUUGCCAACGCCGUGCGGAGUGAAAGAAACCAGACUUGAAGCAACAAAUACCGUGUGACUCCCUGUACGCGGAGGCCCCCACGGUCGUCAGAGUCACAGUGACAGAGCGGAAGGUGGGCGCCGGGGCCAGGGCGGGGCUGGGGAGUCCGUGUCCGCUGGGGAGAGAGGUCCAGUGGGGGAAGAUGAGAAAAUUCUGGAGACGGAUGGUGUGGACGGUGCGUAUGUGCUUAAUGACCCUGACCUGUACACAAAAAUGGCUAAAAUGCUAAA